AUGGAACUUAAUAUCACCACCAAUUUAAAUAUAUAGAUUAAAAAAAAUAAAUAAAUUUUAUUGAUCUCGUACCUUGCACUCUUUAACAUUUUUUACCUUUAUUCGAAAAGUACAGAGUGGAAUUUAGACAAUAAUUUCAACAAAAAAAUUGAUAAAACUUCUUGUGUCCAAACCUCAAUUUUAUUCAUAGUCUCAAUUUAACUGUUGGAAGUGUAUGGGCAAGCACAGACAACUACUUUUUAAAGUUGUCUGUCACUAAUUGUAGGGAUUCCUCAUCUUGGAAGCCAACUUGUAAAACUUCAGAUGAGAUUUAGGCAACAUUAAAUAGAUAAGGAAGCUAUCGAUUUUAAGUUUAUACUACAAAUUUCAUAAUUGUAAUCAAUAUUUAAAUAGUUAUUAAAUCCAAACAGACCUUGAAAUUAUUUAUAACCUAAUUUAGCUGUAGACUAAUUUUAUUCUUUUGUUCUAGAUAAAAUGUUUGUUUAAUCCAUGCUAUUAUGCAUUUAUUAGAAGUAAUAACACCAUUUUCAGCUGUUUUAGCUGUUACAGAUAAAAUAAGUUCGAUCAUUCUCAAAUUCAUCACAUAUAUUCGAAAAUAAGCUGAGUAAUUUUCCCCUUAAACAGCAAUAUAAUUGUAAGAAUUAUUAAAAAUUGAAUUAUAAAUGAUAAUAGAACCAAUGAUUUCUUAUUUCAAAUAAUUGAUCAUCUCUCAUAAGCAAUAAUAAAACAAGAUGAAUAAAAUUCAUUAAUAGCAUCAAUUAUACAAACAUAGGAUUCUCCUAUAUAUGAUUAAUUUUUCUUUUUAUAAAGAGUUUUUUCAAUGGAUUUAGAAAGUAACAAUAAUUUUAUUGUUAUUAGUUCAAUAAAAUGAAGUACCUUUAGUUAGUAGUAUAUAAAACAUUCGAUUUUUUGAAGCAAUUAUAUAGCCAGGAGUUGAGGUCUUUACUUAUUUGCAAUGAUUGA